GCUGGUCACACUUUUUUCGGACCAACAAAAAAACAGACGCGUUCGCGUUCAGGCGCGAGAAAAAGUAAAUUAUUUUAACUAUCUGGCUGUAACUAAGUAUUUUAUUUGAAAAAAUAUUGACUCAAGAGGCGACGCAUAUACAGAAAAUUAUUGAUUUUUGCUACGUCCAAGAUGGCGGACGACGAGCAAUUCAGUUUGUGUUGGAACAAUUUCAACACGAAUCUGUCUGCGGGGUUCCACGAGUCGCUAUGUCGGGGCGAUCUCGUGGACGUCUCAUUGGUGGCCGAGGGGCAAAUUGUUAAGGCCCACCGACUUGUCCUGUCGGUAUGCUCGCCCCUGUUCCGCAAGAUGUUCACCAACAUGCCGCUAAACACCAAUGCAUUCGUGUAUCUGAAUAACGUGAGCCAUUCGGCUUUGAAGGACCUUAUCCAGUUCAUGUAUUGUGGGGAGGUGAACGUGAAACAGGAUGCAUUGCCAGCGUUCAUAAGCACAGCCGAGUCUCUGCAAAUCAAGGGGCUGACCGAUAAUGAUCCCGCUCCGCCACCACCGCAGGAGCCAACCCCCCCACCAUCAGCACCUAUUGUACAACAACAACCGCCACAACCCGUACCGGCCCAGCGCGUUCAGCGCCAACAGCCGCGUGCCUCUGCCCGCUACAAGAUCGAGACCGUCGACGACGGCCUGGGCGAGGACAACAAGGGCACCACCCAAAUUGUUAUCCAAACAUCCGCACCGCAAGCCAUUGUACAACAGCAAGCACAGCAGCAGCAGCACAUUCAGACGCAACAGAUGCAGACCGGAACGACAACGACCGCAACGCUGGUGUCAACAAACAAGCGUACUGCUCAACGCAGUAGUCUUACUGGGGGCGUGAAGCGCUCAAAGACAACCACCACCACCUCCGCCAACGUCAUUGAUCCCCUGGACUCUGCCACUGAGACUGCGACCACGUCGACCACGCAGCUGGUGCCGCAGCAAAUCACCGUACAGACUGUGUCCGCUGCCGAUACCAAGCUCCACCAUCAGUCGCAGCAACUCCGCCAGCAAGCCCAGCAGCAAGAAGAAGCUGAAUACAUUGAUCUCCCCAUGGAAUUGCCCACAAAGGCGGAACCUGAAUAUUCCGAGGACCAUGGCGAUGCUGCAGGUGAUGGCGAUACCACUUAUGUAGAGGACGACACAUACGGUGACAUGCGCUACGAUGACAGCUACUUUACGGAAAAUGAAGAUGCCGGCCCUCAAGCACCAGCCAAUACUAGCGGCAACAGUGCCACAGCGACCACAUCAAAAGCCGUGAUCAAGUCGCAGACAUAUAGCGACUCAUCGUUUGUCGACACCAGCGCGGAUCAAGGCAACACUGAGGCUCAAGAUGUUGAGAUUAAGCUGGAGCCGCCAACCAUAACGACACCGACGCCUAUGCCCACCGUGGCUUCUGUUGCGUCCUUGGCCGUCACCUGUCUGGGCGACGACGAGUCCUUUCGCAAGCCAUUUACCCUACCCAAAAUCCUGGACGGUAAGUUCUAUAGGAACAUACAGCCGAGCCAGAAAACGGCAGGCGCCAUCCAGGCCACCUGCACCUCCUGCUACGGCCUUAUAUCGGGCACCACAAAGUCCACGGGCAACUUCAGCCACAUCAAGCGGCGUCACAAGGAUCUCCUUUCACUCUGUCAGCAGUAUUGUCAGGCCAAGGUCAAUAAUGCAGCCGGUGGCAGCAAAUGCGUGCCAUUGAACCCGUCCACUCCACCGCUGGAGCUGGAGCAGCAGCACCAGCAGCCUUUGGCUCAGAUGCCCACAAAUUACUCCACUGCAGCAACACAUCUGGCCAUGUCUGUGCCUAUUCCGACGUUGCCCAUGCCCAUGUCGCUAGCCCUGCCCAAUGUGCAGCCGCCGCAAAUGAUGGCCCUGAUGCAGCAGCAGCACCAAAACCACGGCGCUGUCUAUAUCAACAAGGACUAUUAGCCCACAUUUGAAUGCGCGAUGGGGCACCUCUGUCUGUGGUUUCCGUACUGAGAUGUCGAUGUAGAGUACCUACGCUAAGUGCAACCUUUUCUAUAAGUUUUAAUAGCUCUAAGGAUUUUAGAUACACAAUAAAAUAUGCA